ACAAACAAAACACGCAGUUUUCGUGAUGCUGUUUUCAUGUGAAUUUUUGUGAGAUUUAAACCAGUGAAAAACCAUGUCCAGUGAUAAGAUAAUCUUCAGACAUGAAGACCCACAUGGUCAGGGAGAUCUCUAUUUUGUGUGGCAGACUGGCGGUUCCGGUGUCUUGCUUGCCACAACUGGCAGUGACGGCACCAUUGCCAUCUUCAAUCGUCAAGGCCAGAUGCAACAUCGCAUAGUCCUUCAAGGACUCUGCUGCGGCUUUGGUUGGGAUGCUGAUGGAGAUAUUCUAGGCGUUAUUUGUCUGGGAACAUCUCAGUUGUUGCUUUGGGAUGCAAAUACGCAAAAGAAGCAACUGGUUGAUAUUGGUUUGAGGGACACUCCUACAUGCAUCAUGUGGGCUAAACAGGGUCAGGUUGUUGCAGUUGGUACGACUCGUGGAAAUUUGGCAAUCUACAGUAAUCAAACUACAAGGAGAAUUCCUGUUUUGGGGAAGCAUGCCAAGAGAAUUUCUUGUGGAGUUUGGUCGAAGGAAAAUAUCCUUGCACUGGGAAGUGAUGAUAAGACUCUUUCUUUAAGCAACGAUGAAGGAGAUUCACUGAGAGUGGUUCAGUUAAGAGACCUGCCGAGUGAUAUGCAUUUUGCUGAAAUGAAGACAGACGAACGCGUACCGGGAGAGAACACCAUCAGUGUGAUCCUGGGAAAGAGGACGCUGUAUCUUUAUCAUCUGCCGGAGCCUGAUUCUCCCACAGAAUUAGGUUUCCAGCAGAGAUAUGGAUCUCUGUUGCAGCAUAAGUGGUUUGGUGAUGGUUACAUCCUGUUGGGUUUCUCUCUGGGUCACGUUGUUGCUAUAUCAACUCAUCCACGCGAGGUUGGACAGGAACUGUGGCAAGUUAAGAAUCACCGAGAUACCCUAACUGGUCUUGCGGUAAGUCCUGUCCUUAGAAUGGUGGCUUCAUGUGGUGACAACAGCAUCAAAGUGCACGCUAUGAGUAAUCUUCAGGAGACUGCUAAGAUUCUUCAGCUCCCUGAUCAUACUGCAGCUCGUGGUAUCGAUUGGAGUACUGAUGGUCAGCUUCUGGCUGUUGCAACAGCUCAAGGUGGUCUCUGUGUCUUUGUGACGCAGUUGCAUUCGCUUAGUGCUGUGUGUGCGCCUCGGGUUGCACUGCUGAGCAGUUUAGCUGAAGUUACUAUCUUCAGUUGCAAUCCCGAGAGAAUCCGCACUGCUCCAGCCGUAGUAAAUCUCGAAGUAGAGCCUUCAUUUAUUGGACUAGGACCACAACACUUAGUUUGUGGAAUGAACAAUCACGUGUGGUUUUAUGAUCUUGGACGCUCACUUCGCGAUGGAGCAUUGUUGCUUGGUGAUCGGGAGUAUAUGUCUGAAGUUAAAGAUGUUCGUUUAACUGCAGACUUUUGUGCUGUGCUCUGUGGUCGCCAUGCUUUGCUACAUCCGAUCGAGAGUACCCCCAGUGAAAAUACUGAACGUCGGGAUCCUAAGCAGUUUCCCGAUGACAUAACAGGAAUGCAGGAUGCUGUAAUAACAAGCAUUUCUUUAGUUGGUGAUUUUUUUGCUUUCGCUACGGACUUGGGUGCUAUUGUGCACUUUUCUCUAGAACAGUGGGGUAGGUCGGUGACAUUUAGACAUGCUGUUGGAAUCAGAAGUCUCUAUGCAGACGCAGAUGGAACUCGUGUUGUGGUGAUAGAUGAUCACGAUGCUGGGUUCUUGUAUUCGCCAAUGUCUGAGGACAUGCUGCAAAUACCUGAGUUUCCUAAGCAGUGCUUGACUGUUUUGUGGGAUUGCCUGCAACCACAAGUCUUUGUGGCUUGCGGAAAUAAGCUUGCAAUUACCUACGUUCACGUUAGGCAUUCGGUGUCCAAGGCUCAUGUCAUUAAGGUUGGCGAGACUCGCCUGUUACCAGAUCAAACACCACUCUUACUUUUCGAUGGAGAACUAAACUUGGGUGUUGCUGGUGGAGGUCUUUCUACCCUCACUCUAAGUACACAUCGCGUUGCUCCAGAAUCCGAAGAUCGUUUGCAGAAUGUUCUACGUCUCAGGAAAUUUGCAGCAGCUUGGGACAUUUGUUGUGACUUAAAUGAUCGUGAACAGUGGUUGAGGUUAGCAAAAGCCGCUUUGGCAGAUCUAGAAGUGGCAUUUGCUAUUCGGGUUUUCAGACGUGUCUGCUUCCCAGCCAUGGUGUUCGCUCUGGAAGAGUUACUGGUAAUUGAAGAUCGUAGUUUUCUAGCUGGUAGAUGUGCCCAACUGCUUGAUAUGGCAGAUGAGGCAAAGAGACACUUUGCGCGAAGUAUUGCACCCAGGGAGGCUCUUGAACUGUGUAGGGAUCUCCUUCAAUGGGAAGAAGCUAUGGCGUUGGCCGAAAAUAUUGAUCCAGAAAGUGUUCCUGGGAUAUCAAGGGAAUAUGCAGGACAGUUGGAAUUUGGUGGAUCUCAUGCAGAGGCCUUAGCUCAUUACGAGAAGGCACUGCAGAAUGGUAAUCAUUCACAGGAACAUGUAAAUCUCUGCAGAGCUGGAAUUGCGAGGACUUCCAUCAAAAACAGAGAUUUCCGAAGAGGGAUUCAACUGGCGUUGGAGUUGGGUGAGAGGCACUUGCUGAAUGACUGCGGGGAGUCUCUGGAGAGUCUGGGGCAGUUGUCUGAUGCUGCGAUGUUAUUUGAGAAGGCUAGAAAUUGGGACAGUUGCUGUGGAUUGUACAUUCAGCUGAAGAAUUGGGUGAAGGUGGAUGAGUUAUUGAGCAGAGUGACAAGUUUGAAGCUGCAUGCAGCUUAUGCCAAAGCUCGAGAGGCUGAUGGGAAAUUCCAAGAUGCCAUUAGGGGAUACAUUGCAGCUGGGGAUCUUGACAGUGUGGUCAGGAUAUAUAUUGAACAGCUGAGUGAUCCCCAUGCGGCUUCGGAAAUUGUCUUGGAAACCCGAUCAGUUGAGGCUGCCAAGAUGCUGGCAAGGUUUUAUCAGCAAAUUGGGGACACAGAGUCUGCAAUUCAGUACUUGAUCCUGUGUGGAUCAGUACAGGAAGCAUUUUCCUUGGCUGAAAGAAGGAACAAAGUAAGGGAGUUUGGAGAACUCCUUGAGCAAUAUGAUGGUGCUAAGUCUGAAGAUUUCUUGGUCUUGGCACAGCAUUUUGAAACUGAGAAGUAUACUCUACUCAGUGGAAAAUACUACUUCCUAGCCAAGAUGUAUUCCAAAGCUCUGAAGCACCUUCUGAAAGCUUCAGCUUUUAGUAAUGAGGAGAAUGUUGCUCUUUCUCUGGCUAUUGAUUGUGUGGCAUCUGCAAAUGAUGAUCAACUCACGACUCAACUUAUUGAGUUCCUCUUGGGUGAAUCCGAUGGGGUUCCGAAAGAUCCAAAACUCCUUUUUCGGCUGUAUAUGGCCAAAAGAGAGUUUCGGGAGGCUGCAAAAGCAGCAGUUAUUAUUGCAAAUCAAGAACAAUUGGCUGGGAAGUACAGAAGUGCCCAUAAUCUUCUGUUUUCGAUGUAUCAAGAACUAAAAAGAAAUGGUUUGAGUGUCAUGGCGGACAUGAAAACUAGUUUAGUUCUUCUUCAUCGAUACAUCCUUGUGAGAAUUCACGUUCAGCUUGGAGAUCAUCUUCAGGCAGCUAAACUGUUAGUUCAAGUAGCCACUAACAUUUCACAAUUUCCUUCACAUGUGGUGCAAAUUCUAACGUCCACCGUUAUCGAAUGCCAUCGAGCUGGUCUUCGGGCAUCGGCCUUUACGUUCGCCUCGACUUUGAUGCGUCCGGAGUAUCGAAGUCAGAUUGAUGAGAAGUAUUCGCGGAAAGUGGAAGGAAUUGUCAGGAAGGCUCCACGGGGUAUCAAGGAGUUGUCCGAUGAGGCAACUCUCGAAAUGACUCCCUGUGCUGCCUGUGGAGUACAAUUGCUGGCCAUGGAGACUACUUGUCAUCAGUGCAAGACCACCCUACCCAUCUGCAUAGCAACUGGGCAGCAUUUGGUGUCCGAGGAUGUUGUAGCGUGUCCGGAAUGUGACUUUCCGGGGGUUAAAGAGGCAAUGGUUAGGGUGUUUGAUGCCACAAAUUCUUGCCCAAUGUGCGGAGAAAAUGUGGAUUCCAACAAACUGAAAGACAUUGACGAUGUAUCCUUGUAUUUGUCCACUUAAUUUAAAAAUGUGUUCUCUCCACUUGUAAAAGUUUUUAAGCAAUUUGUGCAGUUGUUCUUUUCCGUCCACAAAACAGAAAUAUUUAAUUAUCUUUAUUUGAGCAUGAAGAAACAAUAAAUUAUUUGUCAAACUAA